CAAAUGUUUCGUUUUGUGCGGUCUGGUUCAAAUAUUAUUUCUCUUAAGAGAGUUGCUAGGUUAUUUUCGCCAGAUGGAAGUGGUGGUAUUUAUCAAACAAUUUUACCUGUCCUUUCAAAAUUUGAAAAUGCUGGACUUGAAUAUUUUUAUGUUUAUUCUGAUAAUAAUAUCCUCUGUCGUGUUCCAGAUCUGCAAAUGGUCGGCUGUGCUGUUGACAAAAAUGCAAAUUCGAAUUUGAAGGUAUUUAAUAUGAUGAAUUAUACAUCUCUUCUUGGGCAAAAUAUUUAUUCUCAGCAGUUUCAUAGUCAUCGACAAUAUUCGUCUUCAGCUAAAGAUAAUGGAAAGAAGUUUCGAAGAUUUGAAUAUCUUAGAAAUCAACUUUUUACCUUGUCGACUUUAGGAACAUUGAUGAUCCCACUAGGCGCUUUUGUUGGUUGGCAAAUAGGAACUGCACUUUUUGAGAUUCACUCACUCGCCGAAAAGCAAUCGCAGCAACAUUCUAUCGAGUAA